AUGGAUCUCGAUAUUUUCGAGGUGCAUCGAAAGAUAAUUGAGGUAUGUCAACAUGAUCCUCACAUCAGCCCACAACGAGAUGGAAGCCUGAUUGUGGAGGUAUCGUCACCAGAUGAAAGUGACCGUCUGCGUGCCAUAUGCAAUAUUCCUGGGGCACAAGUCUCAUGUUCUCCUCACAAAACCCUAUAUCAAUGUAAGGCCAUCAAGGAGAAGACAACUGCCCAGGUCCAAUAUGCUGUUACCACUGCAAAGCAGCUCAUGAAGCCUCUUCCAAGCAAUGUCAAAGAUACAGAUUUGAAAAAGAACCAUCCUUUGCCAUCCAAUACUUCUUAUAACACAUACUCAAAUCUAAAACAUGAGUCAAAUGCCGAAAAUGCCUCUGGUGAGUUUAACCAGAAGCGGACCAGGAGUGAGGGGUCUAUUGAGGAGACUCCCCCUCCCAAACUAAGGUCUUUGGAGCCAUCAGGCAAGGCUCCACAGGCCUCACCGGUGACAGCACCAGCUGCCACCACAUCCACAGGGGCCUCUGCUGCUAGACAGAAGGCUCCUGAACCAGAGGCUCAGGUCCAUCCUUUGCCCAAGCAGAGGAAUACUGAGCCUGUGCAAAAGACUCCGUCCAGAGUGGGGUCUUUGGAACCAUCAGGCAAGGCUCCAGAGGCCUCAACGAUGACCGCCUCAGCUGCCACAACAUCCAAAGGGGCCUCUGCUCCUAAACAAAAUGCUCCUGAAGCAAAGGCUCAGGCUUCCAAACUCAAGCCCAUUAUGGAACAUUUGAUGGUGGACCUCAUGGAGGAGUGGCAAGCCAAGGCCAGGCGCGUGCUAAAGGAGGCUAGACGUACGUCGUGGAGACAAUACGUCUCCUCAAUUAACUCUGGGACCCCCUUAGCAUGGGUAUGGGACAAGGUGUGCAAGAUCGUUGGAAAGAGCAUAUCCAUGUCAACACCUGCUCUGCAGUUAAAUGGUAUAAUCAUCACCGACCAAAAAGAAGUUGCAAAUGAGUUAGCAAAGUCCAUGGCCAUCAAGGAGAAGACAACUGCCCAGGCCCAAUAUGCUGUUACCACUGCAAAGCAGCUCAUGAAGCCUCUUCCAAGCAAUGUCAAAGAUACAGAUUUGAAAAAGAAUCAAAAUGCCGAAAAUGCCUCUGGUGAGUUUAACCAGAAGCGGACCAGGAGUGAGGGGUCUAUUGAGGAGACUCCCCCUCCCAAACUAAGGUCUUUGGAGCCAUCAGGCAAGGCUCCACAGGCCUCACCGGUGACAGCACCAGCUGCCACCACAUCCACAGGGGCCUCUGCUGCUAGACAGAAGGCUCCUGAACCAGAGGCUCAGGUCCAUCCUUUGCCCAAGCAGAGGAAUACUGAGCCUGUGCAAAAGACUCCGUCCAGAGUGGGGUCUUUGGAACCAUCAGGCAAGGCUCCACAGGCCUCACCGGUGACAGCACCAGCUGCCACCACAUCCACAGGGGCCUCUGCUGCUAGACAGAAGGCUCCUGAACCAGAGGCUCAGGUCCAUCCUUUGCCCAAGCAGAGGAAUACUGAGCCUGUGCAAAAGACUCCGUCCAGAGUGGGGUCUUUGGAACCAUCAGGCAAGGCUCCACAGGCCUCACCGGUGACAGCACCAGCUGCCACCACAUCCACAGGGGCCUCUGCUGCUAGACAGAAGGCUCCUGAACCAGAGGCUCAGGUCCAUCCUUUGCCCAAGCAGAGGAAUACUGAGCCUGUGCAAAAGACUCCGUCCAGAGUGGGGUCUUUGGAACCAUCAGGCAAGGCUCCACAGGCCUCACCG